AUGUGUGACCGUCUGUGUACCAUAAUGUUUCCCGAUUGGAAAUUAUGGCCACAGGUCGGCAAAUAUGUACUUGCCUCUGUUUCUAUGGAUUCUUACUUUACUGUUGUCCCUCUAUCUCUUCUCCAAAUGUAUAUAGUAAUCACACUAAGUGGAGUUCAUGCGGCCAGCGACGGAAAAACGACUACAUAUUCAGAAACGUUUCUCCAGAAACUACUCGAAUCUCUGCGACAAAAGCGCACGUUUUCCCUUUCCUCCGACUCACCUACAUCGGAAAUGUCCGACAAACGACUAACCGAGAAAGAACUGGAUGAGUACCUCGAAUUAUUCGUCGCAGAGGAGGCUACAAAGAUGACGGCAGAACUCACAAGAAAAUUAUACCGCGAAGGCGGUAUGACAGAUGCCGAUUUUCAUUUCGCCUGUAAGGGUAUGACAAAAUCACUACUGAGGAGUGUUGGCGCAGCAGAUCCCACAACAAAAAAUAUCAAGAAGGAAGUGAUGGACGCCCAGAAGUUGUUCGCAGACAAAGAAAUCCAACAAGUGCUGGACGUGGAAGAAAGGUGGGAAGAAAUAUGGGAUAACAUAGAAGCCUCAAAAAACCCACUGGAGGGAUACAAAGUCAAAAUGGAGGCAGCAAUCGUAGCGAAACAAAUGACACCCGUUAUUGCCAUCACUACCGCGACUCUGCUGGGCUUGACGGGACCACGGGCACAAAAAGCCACCGCCGACCAACGUAUUGCAGCAUGGUUGGCCAUGUUUGUGGACGAGCCCAUGACGUCACGUUUACUCGCAUACAACACGCAAAUCGCACAAACCAGUGCAGGAGGAAUGCGGCAAUGGAGAAAAGUUUUGACACGGGUCGAAGUGCCUUUGGUUCCCGAAACGGACAGGUUAGAGCACCUCAACCGCAUCACUUUCGAAAAGGCACACAGCGAAAGUCAAGCAGGACCAAGAACAGUUGAGGGCAGCGGAGUGCACCGAAAACAUCCGUGUGAUACCUACCGGGCUCCGAACAGAGACGGGUCAGAUAUCCUAGAAGGAGGCGCGCCAUACGCGCCAAUUCUCGGAGCCGACGGGACACAGAUCGGAGCACUGGACAUGGCAGGAUUCGAAGCACUCUCGGGACUCACUGAAGAAAACCUACUAAAAAUGAAAGACUUGCUUUCACAAUGCCUGAAAGAACAAAAAUUCGGACAGCGGAUUCCGAGGAAUAGCCAGAGCCAGCACGAUUACCAAAAUUCAAACGACUAUACCUAUGGUCCGGCAAAACACAACGGAAGAAGCACAGGCCAACGAAACGGUUACCGAGGAAACGCCGGAGACAACCGACGUAAGUUUUUCCGCGGAGGCGAGGCACAGGACGGGUCAAAAAACACGCCCGACGGAGCCACAGCCGACGUUUCGCAGGAGGCCACCGCACACAAGAGGCAAACCACAUUCGGUAUCGCAAGGUCAUUUGCAAAAGAAAUGUGGGGCGGUGACAUGCGCGAGGGGAAAACAUCGAACAUCGAACUCGAUGUGAUCUACAAAGCGUACCUCCCUAAGAAACGGAUCGUUCCGUCGGACACGAUGGUGCACCUUGAUUGGAAACGCGCGCAACAACUCAAGGCAAAGGUGCACCGUCACGGCGUAGUGUUUUUCCCAAUCUUCAUUAUGAAGCACUGGAUCGCAGGGCUUUUGGAGAAAGGGACGCGGGACUCAGCAGAAAUACAGCUGAGCAUCUUCGACUCCGCACCUUCUCCCAUAGUGGAAGAAAAACUGCGUAAGCACUUCAAAAUGGUCUGGCCAGCUUUGCGUUUGGUGAAUGAAUUUUCACCACGUCAGGAACGCUAUAGCGACGACUGCGGUUUGUAUAUGUCUGCCGUAUUUUUCGGCGUUCAUCUGGACAUACAAAUCGACCAUAGCCACGACAUGGCAAAGUGCAUGCGGCGCCUGCUGUACGCGGCGUCGAAACACCACCCGCCACGCGAAUAUUUCCUCGAAAAAAUGAGGAAAAUUCUGACGAACCACCCGGUGUCACGGAAAGAUUUCUUCUACAACGAAAUCGAGCACAAACCGUGGUUGAAGAAAACCACGGUGGACCGUGAGGACACUUUCCACUUGGGUGGUGGCGAAAGGCGCGCAACGAAAUCCACGAACCCGAAACGGGAUUCCAGGCGCGCAAACCAGCCGAAAGCACGUGCUCCAAAGCCACCUCCUCGGCAAAAGAAAAAGGAGGAAACGGUGCGCACAAAGAUGGACCGGGCUGAGCGCACAAAGCGCACGCCACAGACGCCUGUACCCGCGUCAAAAGCACCUUCCCGUAAACGUCCCGAGAGAUCCGCAAUGGAUGCUCCACUCCCACGGCGAAAAGCCGCGAGGAAAAGUGACAGGAGAACACCCGCGAGUUCCUCAGGUAGAUCCGCAACAGGUAGGAAUGGAAACAAAACACGCUCUCUAAACUCGAGCGAAUUUCCAUCCGAGGAUGAGGAUCUGCCGGUGAUCGACCUCCCGUGGAGGAAGAAAAACUCCGUCACACGUACGCCUGAGCAUGCGCCAAACGACGCCACGGUGAGCUCAGAAGGCAUUAUCCCGACGAACGUGUCACCACACGUUCAGCAUGGGAAAUGCAUUUCUGAGUGGACAGAAAUCACCCUCGCGGAGGCGAACAAACAUGCCAGAAAGGUGUACGAAGCAGUCCUGGAUCACCUGUGGGCUGCGACGGCUCUGGCGCGAGUCGGCGAUGGUGUGGCACACGGUCUGACCGACACAGCGGUGGGACAGCAACGCGUGAGGCACAAGCUGACACCACUGCAGCCUUACAGCGUCCAAGAGAUGCUGAAGCUUCUCCGAAAGAAGAUCCACAUGGUCGAUGCCUCGCCGACCGACCCGAAUGGGGUGAUUCUUCGAGAAGAAAACCGAAGCGAGGAGGUGACCCUCGACUCCUCAAUCGACGAACUGUACCUUGUCCGUGGACCGUCGUUACCGACAUUAUACGACGUGAUUAAAGGAUACAGGUUUCUGCUUGGCGCAUGUCUCCGUGAGGCGCCGGAAGAUAUGAAUGGUGUGCGCUAUCCGAGUCAUUACGUUCUCACAAAGGACGCCUCGGAGGCAACGGUGGGAGUCUACGUUCCAGCGACGUGGACGCACUACCAAUCGUCGAAGAGACAGCGUGCCCCACGUCACGCGUCACGAUACAUUCCUCUUCCGCGAAGUGCGGCAUCAGAGGCACACCAGGAUCCGUCCGAUGGCCAACGGCCGCGCCUGGUGAAGAGAAAAAGAUGGCCAGGCGACGGCGCCGGAAGGGACCCACUCCAAGAGGACGAGGAGGACGGCGUGACGUACAGGACUCCAGGAAACCAGAAGGGUGAUGGAUAUGCGGACGUCGACGCGAACAUCUCGGCAGAGGCAAUGCGCGCUCUCGAAAGCCUCCGCUCCAAUCCUUUAAACAUGCAGGGCAGGCCUCUUUCAAAAAACGAAGAGGCAGAGGUCUGCCCGAGAAACUGGUUCCUCUUCGCCGCGAAACCGCCACACAUCUCACAGCUCGCAUGGAACUUGGUGAGGCCCGACACUCGCGCACACCACUUGCGAUGGUUGACGCGAAUCAAGUCGAUGAACUCGGAACAGAUGCUCAUGCGCUUUCCGGCGGCAUGCAUCGACUUGAUUCUGUCGACCGCAAGGGCCCGCAAAUGGAAGUGGGCAACCACCGCGAAGGCCUUUGCCGCGGUAGCGGGUGCGCUGCGCGACCUGCCGCUCUACUCGACGCAGACGCGGGGUAUUCGCCUUCAGGACGAUCCCGAGUGGCGAAGCGCUUUUGGCACGGUGCAGCGUUACAUGAAGGAGUCGGUGCCGGAUGCGCCUCCCUUCGUUUCGCGUCCACAGGUCGAGAGGAUCUCCAAACGGCUCCGCUUAGGCCAUCCACGCGCCGCGCUGUUCCUCGCCAUGAUGUGGGGAUUCGCAGCACGAGCGUGCGACAUUUCCACGCUCCGAGCGAAGGACGUGACGCUUUUCCCGGGAGCAUCGACAGAUACAUACGUGAAGGUCACGCUGACGAUCCGCAAGGGAAAGGGUGCCAAAACACGCGGCCCUUACCCGGUCCCAUCGAUGCUAACGAGGGACCUCGCAGCGACGCUGCAGGAGAUGCUGGUCCAGAAGAAACCAUCCGAGGAGCUCUUUGCACCACACGUGGAGGAGCUGCGGGCGCUGAUCGCCCAGGAGGUGCGAAGAGAGAUGCGAGGUGCACAGCUGCCCUCGAUCCGGAAAGGUGCGCUCCGUUGUAUGGCGGAAGCGGGUGUCCCGUUGAAGGACCUGAUGAUGAUUUCCGGGCACGCGAAGCAGGCCACGCUGCUGCGCUAUCUUGGGUAUGGCCAGCAGCCUACGGUGGAGGCCGAGACCGCAAGGGACAACGCCGGAAGAGCGCUAUUCCAGACCCUCUAG